AAUGGGAACCAAUUAGGACUACACUUCGUGCUAGUCCAUGGAUCAAGCCAUGGAGCCUGGUGCUUGUACAAGAUCCGUGCUCUGAUUGAAACUUCGGGUCAUAAAGUCACAUGCCUUGACCUCAAAGGCUCAGGCAUCGACUCUGCUGAUCCAAACACCAUUUUUACUUUCGCUCAGUAUAAUUGCCCUCCCUCCCACCCAACCAAAAGGGUUUUCUUUAUUUUGAAGGUAGUACUGGUGGGACAUAGCGCAGGAGGGCUUAGCCUUACGGAUGCAAUACAUAAAAAUGCUGAGAAAAUUCUUUUUGCCGUGUUUGUUGCUGCUAACAUGAUGAAAAACGGUUUGACGGAUUGUGAUAUGCAUCAGGGAGAUCCUAAUUUGUCUGAACAUGGAUAUGUCAGCAAGUUCAUAUACGGGCUUGGACCUAACCAACCUCCAACUAGUGUCAUCAUGAAGCCUGAAUUUCAGUGGAAAAUUGUUGAAGAUCAUCUAGGUGAUUUCAACAAGAUCAUUCUUGAUAUGGAGAAUAUUGACAUCAAAAUUGAAGAUGAAGAUCAGGUGAUAAUUGUUCUUAAUUCUCUUCCAUCGGAUAGGUAUGAACAUUUUGUUGAUACUAUAAUGUAUGAGAAUGGUUCUUUAACAUUGGAAGAAAUUCAAAGUGCUUUAAUGUCUAAAGAUUUGAAAAAGAAAUCUGAACAAAAUGAAUAA